UCAAAUGACUGAGAGAGGCAUUAAGUGACGGAUUACUACGUACUAGGGCACGAAAAGUAAUACUAAGAAAAAACAACUCGAAGAAAAACACUAUCGGACUAUUUUAAAUUGCUAAACAUUUACUAAUAGGUUUUCACCUGUACUUUUUUUACUAGCUUGUCACCUUAGGAUCCUUUCCAAGAACUUCUCGGGGAUAAUGAUGAAACUCGUCUUUUCUCUGUUCUUCAUCUUCAUCAUUUCUGCGUCCUCUGAGUCGCAGGUGAGGGAGACAGAAACCUGGGUGCCACCAGGAUCAAGCCCAUCUUCAAAGUUUGAGGGAUCUGGAGGUUUCCCUGAUGACAAAGACUUUUCCUUCCAGGGAGGAAAUACAUUAGACAGUGAAGAUUAUGAUGAUGAUGAUGAUGAUGAUGACAGUGAUGAAUAUGCCAUCUCCGGUUCUGGAGAAGGUAGUCCAGUUGAUGAAGAAGAUGAUGAUGACAAUUCAGCAGAGAUCACAAAGGUUAAUCAGCCUGAUUCCGACAGCAAUGACAUUCCAGAAGAGGAUGUAAUCAACAAGGUUGACGAUACCAUUCAGAAGAGUACUGAAGAAGAAAAUGAAGUGGUAAAAACAGAUUUUAAAGAUGUGGAAGUAUCUUCUAAUGAAGUCAUGCCAAUUUCCCAAGUUGUCAGUGAGAACUUUUUUGAAAAAACAGAAGUCCUUGCAGCUCUGAUUGCUGGUGGUGCCGUGGGACUGCUUUUUGCCAGCCUUCUCAUCCUGUUGCUCAUAUAUCGCAUGAAGAAAAAAGAUGAGGGCAGCUAUGACCUAGGGAGAAAGCCCAUCUACACAAAGGCUCCCACGACUGAGAUCUAUGCGUGAAAGAAAAUGUGCUUAAAAUGAUUUUCCUGUUGGGGAAAACAAAGUUUGUUUUGGGAAAGACUUUAUUACACACACGCUCUCUCUGUCUCUCUCUCUAUAUACAGUAUGUAAAGAUAUAAAUAUAUAUAACAACAUAUAUGCACAUACACACCCUAAGUUGAGUUUAACAGAAGACUGAGUAUGUUUUUAACAGAAACAACAGUAAGAAACUGGAAAUAAAGUAGCCCUCUUGGACCACAGAGAUCUAUACAGAAUCAUCUUGGUUUUCGUUUCUUGCUUUUCUGUUUUGUUUUUUUUUGUUGUUUUCUUUUGCCAAAAGAGUAUAGGCAGUAGCAUUUAUGAUAGGUUCAAAAAGAAAAAGUGUUAACUGUCACUCUGAAUGCUAAUGAGUAUCCCAAAUCUGGGUCCUUGGGCAAUCUUUGCCAUAACACUAAAAUGACAAAUGCCCUCUCCCGUUCAUGCACCUCAGAUACCCAACCAAGAGUGCACAGAACUCUUGCUUGCGUUUAACACAGACCAGUGUUUAGAUUAGGGUUGAUGCUGGUGCUAGAGAUGGUGAGACAAGUGCUACAUUAUCCCCUAGGGGGGUGGACCGUAAGAGGUGCUGUUCAGAUGAACUGAUAUUGCAGUGUAUCCUCGCCUCAAUUGACUUUUAUAUUUAUAGUUAUGUAUGUAAACUCUAUAUAUAUAUAUAUUUAUAUAUACAGUGGAACCUCUAGAUACGAGUUUAAUUCGUUCCAGCACUGAGCUUGUAUAGCGAAUUUCUCGUAUCUAGAACAAACUUCCCCAUUGAAAAUAAUGGAAAUCCAGUUAAUCCGUUCUGCACCCCAAAUAUAUUAACAUAAAAAUCAAUUUUCCUAACAAAUAACACUGAUAAAUUAUAUAUACUGUAGUCUACCUUUAAUAAAUAACACUGGUAAAUAAUAUAACUGAUUAUUAAAAGAAUCAAAACAGGUGUCCAAAGUGCAGUAGAGCAUUCAAUAAAUCUUUAAAUAAAUAAUCCUUAAAACAGUUGUGAAGUGGAGGUUUAAAAUACACAAGAAUAACAAUCCUUUAACACGAGGUUAAAACGUCAAAAGGAUGCCGUCUUUAAAAAACAGAUGACAAUCCCCGGUGCUUCUUCUCUGUUAGCGUCUCACCUGCGGGCUCUGCAACAGGCGAGACACUCUUAAUGCAGCCGACCUUCUCUACACCGUCCUGCUUCAGCUGUUUCGCCUGUUCAGCUCACUGUUCAGCUACACGCGAGCCUGCACUCACUCGCCCGCCUGCCUGCCUUCUCUCUCUCUUUUCUUUUACUUUUCCUCCCCCUUAACCGGCUCGUGCUUCUCUAUAUAUGCGGGGAGGACAUGGCAGCUGCAGCCCAUCAGCCACAGGAACAAUCAUGGAUGUAGGCAGUUUCCCACCUGUGCACUUAAGUGAGAAACGCAGACACCGCAGAUCGCGGCUCGCAACUGCUACCACGCCCCCUUGCUAAACCGCGAGCUAUACCCACAGCCUGGCUCGUGGCUCGUUACGCGAGCCAAUGCUCGUAUUUAGAUCUGAAUUUUUCGCUCAUACUUUCCUCGUAUUUUGAAUUUCUCGUAUACAGAGGUGAUCGUAUCUCGAGGUUCCACUGUAUAUAUAUAUAUAUAUAUAUAUAUAUAAAAAUGUGUAUGUAUAAUGUGCGCACAUACACGUAGUACAUACCAAAUGUCUAAGAUGCCAAAAUGCAUUGCUUUUAGUGGCUUAUUAUAGUUAAGUAUAAAGGGCAAUAUUCACUGAAAUGUAUUUAUGAAUUUUGGGGUGGAGACCUGGCCAGUUUAUACAUUUAUAUCACAUACAUUGAUCUUGGAAUAGUUCAGAUGUUUUCAAUAAUGAAUGAAGCAUAAGUAAAUAAUUUUAUAGCUAUUUUUUUAAGUUUUGUAGAAAUUUCCAUUUUGUUAAUUUAACUAUCAAAUAUUAUAUUGCUUUAUCUGUUCAGGUUUGGGAGUUCAUCCCAAUUUUCAGACUGUUGUAUAUGUGUUGGAAUUUUAUAUACUCUAGUAGAUUAUUAUUUGUUUUCAAAAGCAUAGUUUUAUAAUGAGUUUUAUAUUGUAAGAGUUUCUAUAUUUCUUUGUAGAUCUUACUGUUCACAGAAAUAUUUAUGUUUUGUAAAAGGCAAAUUAAAAUUCCAUAGUACGUUUUGAUAUGAGACACAAAUCCUCAGAUGUCAAAAAGAAAAUCGAAAAUAAUCUGCUGCUUUUGUUGAAAAUACAUAAAUUAAUUCAUUUUAUUUAUUUUAAAAUGUGUUACAUUGAGCAUAAUUUCAGAAAGGUUUAUUGGGGACAAGAUUAAUGCAAUUCAGGGUGGCAGAACAAGUCUUGAUUUACCUUUGCAUUUUUGUACUUGGAGGGGAUUGAAAUUGAUGUAACUUCAGUUAUUUUUGUUUUUUUCACAUUAAUAAUAAUAAUUCUUUACAUUUGUAUAGCGCUUUUCUCACUACUCAAAGCGCUUAACAUUAAGCUGACAUUUAAUGUGUAAAUUCAGUUUGAUUCAGAGUUCAUUCUGAUUUUAGUUUUUUUAAUCAUGAUUCAGAUUUCUCAGGUUUACCAGGUUGUACACACGGUGUUCUUUUGUUUUUCUUCUUCCAUAAAAUAAGUUCUCAUUUAAGCAUAAUAUACUUUUACAUCACUUUUUCGAAGGUGUAUGUAAGGUAUUGCGUGUAAUGUGAAUAACAAAUCUGUAAGCACAUUUUGAGGUCUGUGCCAUCUCAUUUUAUAACUUUAUGUGUUGUUUUAGAGAAGGUGAAUUUCAGAAUUUUCCUUGAAAUAUCUUUCCAGUUUAUUUGGUUAAAGGGCACAUGUUAGACAAACGGUUUUAAAGUAAUUUGAAUUCCUUCAUUUGGUGGACAUUGUCUGGUUUUUAUUGUUCAUGGUACUUUUGGAAAAAUACCAAGUUGUCUGUUUUGGCUGUUGUUGAAAAGAAUUCAAGAUUAGCUGUAGGUACCGACAUAUAUGGACAUUUUUCUGAAAUCAAACUUCUGGCAGACUAUAGUUUUUGAGCAAUUGUUUUAGUUACUUUAUUUCUCAAAACUCCUUGCAGUAUUUUCAGUUUACAUAUUUCUGUUAUAGAACUAUUGGCCUGGGACCAUCUCACAUUGCCAGCAGUGCAGAUCAUCUGUUAGGCCUAAAUGCUUAUGUCAUUGAAAAAGCAGUUCAUAGCAUCUGUGUUUUUUACAAGUCAUUGUAAAUGUACUUGUGCAUAAUCUAUACAGUAUCAUUAGAUUUCUUUUCAUUUUUAAUAUUUGGCUGCAGCUCUUGAGUAAGUUAACCAAAAAUGGUGGUUAUUGUAUCUUUUUUAGAUACAGCUUACAUGUAAAUAAAAGGAAUACCACAGUUGUUGUAUUGGGUCCCUGCCUCUGCUCUGAUGACUAUUUUGAGUGUGCAGAUGGGUUACUGUAUGAUUAGCAUGGCUACCAUCUGAAAAAUGCAAGGUGAGAGCUACGUCCCCCAGUUAAAUAUUUCAUUCUGUUGAUCAGACAACAUGCCCAUCAUGUCCAGCUAAUGGGAAGCCAGUAGUGUUCCUUUGUUUCACCUUGAUUAAUACUAAAAAGGAUUGUGUAAACACAAAGCACUUGUGGAGCAUAGUGUCCAUGGCAUAUUUACCCCUUAAAGAAUGGGUUUAAAGAAGCAGUAUGUUUCAGUACUUGUACCAGAAAAUCACAGUUGUGAGGCAGACUGCUUCUCGCUUCAUUGAGAUCUCAAGGUAGUUUUUUGGAGACCAUCCUAGUUAUUUUUAUUUAUUCAUCUCAGAUGCAAGUGUGCUUAUUAUCAGGAUUAAAUUAAGGAGCCUGUGCCAGUGAUUUCACUUUUGAGUCAAAUAAGCUAAAGUGUUUUUUCAAGUGGUUGACUUGAAGAUUAUACCACAUUCUAAAGGCUUGCUCUGCCCAAUUGUUCUGUUUUCCUUUUUUUUUUCUUUCUUGCAGUACUUUUGUGGUAUACCCAGGUCUGCCAUCUUUUUUUCUUUGGAAAAAAACACCUUUUAAAAGGUUUUGAUCCUUCAUGUUAAAGCUUGAGUUGUCUUUUUAAAAAAGCUAAUGUAAAUAGUGGAUUCCUUCCCCAGUACUUGACUGCUGCAUGUGGCAAGUGCACAGUUCAGCUGGAUUGUCUUCUGAAGACAUGUUCUUUUCUGUUCUGUACAUAUUGUAUUCAUAUUGAUGCAUUCUACUAUGUUCUGUUACUUAAUAUUAAAAUUCAUUUUUUAAGUGAUUUUAA